GGUGAAAACAGUAGAUAUGGCGAUUUCAUACUCUUUCUCUCUCUGUAAUAUACUUUGUAUGUAUAUGUUUAUCUGCAUUUAUUAGUUUAUUCAGGUUGUGAAUUUCGAGAAUAAAGCGUUUCUCUUUCAAUCGGAUUCUCUCUGUCUUUCUCUGCAAUUCUUUUCUUUGCUUUCCGUAUAAGUUUAGUUAAAAGCUGCGCUGCAAUGUAUACAAUCAUUCUCAUUCAUCGUCAUCCACCAAAUUCGCCUCAAAUCUGAGAGAUUGCUGAGUAUAGAUUAUGUCGAGUUUGAAAUCCAAAAGGAGUUCAAGGCCACCAAGGCCUCAAUUGAAGGAGAAGAUUGUUAUGUCUCAAACUAGUACAAGAGGAGAUAUUGAUGAUAAAAAGCCGCAAGUUCAGCUUCGUGGAUUGAUGAAUAAUCAAGAGCAUCUCAUCUUCCUACGUAAGAACUGCAAUAGUUAUGAGAAGUCAUUAAUUGAGACAAAUGGAAAUAAAGAUGAUGAUGUUCUUGUAAAACAUAUGAUGAAUUUGCCUGACUACUUACAGCGUGUGGAUGAAGGAGAAUAUGUUCAGGGAAAGGCUUUGAAUUAUGGGGUUCUUGAUUGGCAUCGUUUAGAGAAAUGGAAGGGGAAUAAUAGGGUUAAUCCAGCAAGAAGUAAUGUCAAUUCUUCUGCAUCUGGAAGUGGGUCUGCUCGUUUGGGUACAGUUCAGAGAAAGCAAGUUCAUUUGGUUAAGGAGAAAAGCCUCUAUCAAGAUGUCAAAGAUUGUUCAGUAUCAGUGAAGAGACCUCAUUUCAAGGAUAAGUCUAGGAGCAGAAGUUAUUCUUCAGUAAAGGUUGGGAUGGGCAGGGAAAAUUUAUCAGGUCAGAAAUCUUCUGUAAACAAAACUUUAGCUUUUGAAUUCAGUGGAAAUGUGUUAUCUAAUACUACCACAGAAGAAGUUAUUGGUGAUCAGAGUGUUGUUUUAGAAGAUAGAGUUGAAUGUUCAUCUCAAAAUAACUGCCCACACACUUUGCAGCAUUCACGAGCAAAGUCACUAUGUGAAGGUGAAUUGGAGGCUAGGAAAUCAGUCGAUUUCCCUGAUUUAGUUCCAUUUGAAGAAGACAUUUAUAUGAAAAAGCAUCCUAAACUACAAAAUUCUUCACUUCCUCAUACAACUCUUGCUUUACAAAGGCUGUCUCUAGAUUGCGAGGUUUCUUCUGAUGCUAAUGUAAUCAGCAAUCAAGGAAUCACAAAUAUUGAAUCCAGAAGAUCCAAUUAUGUCUCACACAGCGAUCGUUUUAUCAAUGGUCUAAGCCAGUUGAAGAGAAGUCUCAGCUUUAAUCAAGAAUCCUAUUCUUCUAAACAGAAGUCUGGUAAACUGACAUAUGAAGCUGAUCCUGAUGUAUCUUCUUUGGGACCUCAUUCUCAGAUUCCACACUCUUGCCCACUUCUUGCAGGAGCAGAGGCCAUGAUGGAUUCCAAUUUGAGGUCAUAUAAUUCAACAGAUAUUUGGAAUAUGAAACUUUCAAAACUGUCAAGUCAAUCUGAUCGAUUUGAUCUGGUAAGUACAGAACUUUCAUUUUCGAAAGGUGGGAACCACCUGCCACCUGAUCGUAGCUUUAGCUUUCGCCUUAGAAAGCGUCUUAGUAGAAGUUUUAGUUCAAGAGAGAGUUUCGAUAUUACACAGUAUACUCCAAUGAAGUGUGGCCCUGUUAACUCUGAAAAGUCUGAUUCCUUGAAUAAAAAUGGCACUGCACCUGCCUCUAGAGUAAAGGUGAGCCCUCUAAGAAGGUUGUUAGACCCAAUAUGCAAGCGCAAAGUUGCAAAGCCAGACGAAGAAACAACUACGAACCAGGCAGCAGCAGCAGCAUCAUCAUCAGCAGCCACAUCUUUCCAAGCUGUUCUGGAAGUAGUUACAUCAAGAAAUGGAUUCCCCUUGUUUAAACUUUUAGUUAACAAUGACAAUAAUAUUAUCAUUGCUAUGAAAGCAUCAAAUCUACCUCAGAAUGAAGAUGCUCCCAGUUCCAGUUGUAUUUAUACACUCUAUGCUGGCCAAGAACUAAAGAAGAACGGAAAAUGGAUGAAUCAAUGCGAUAAAGGAAAGGGAUGUGGUUUUGGUUAUAACGCUGUAGGCCACUUGAAGCUCUACCUCCCUUAUUCUCCUAGACGAAUACAGUUAGGGGUGGGCCAAUUUACAGUAAGAGAAUCGGUUUUAUAUAGUAUUGAAAAUGGUGAUGCAGGGAAAGAAACUCCAAAGCUAAUAGCGGGUAGGGAGCUUGCAGCCAUCAUUGUGAAGGAAGAAUUGAAAGGAUUCAUGGAUUGUAAUAAUAGUAAGACAACAGUACUUCUGCCAGAAAAGGUUCAUAGUUUGCCUAAUAAAGGAGGAGAGCUUUCUCCUCUGAUUGAUAGAUGGAGACAUGGAGGAUCCUGCGACUGUGGUGGCUGGGAUGUCGGCUGCCAACUACAAAUUCUCACAAAUGAGGAUCAUCAGAAUUCUGGAUCAUCAACUGAUUGUUUCAUAACCGAUCAUCUUCAUCUCUUCCAUCAGGGAGAAGAAGUUAAGGAGUUGGAGGAAAAGAAACCGAUGUUCAGCCUGGCAAAAUACAAGGAAGGGACAUACAUGGUUGAAUUCAGCGGUUCAAUGUCUUCAUUGCAGGCAUGCUCCAUUUGUAUUGCAGCAGUUGCUAAUCAAAUACCCUUUUGUGACGACGAUUCAAUAUCGUCGCUCAAUAAUAGUGGACAUAUCUUCAAAGGCGACGAGGAGCCCAUAAAGUAUGUUUCAUUUCCACCUGCAUCCCCUGUUGAAAGAGUAUAAUAGCUAAUAAAUUGUGCAUAAUAAAUAUGGAAAGCCAUUUUUCUGCUGCAUUUUGUCAUCUAUCUGUCAGUGAAGCAGGUAAGUUAGU